AUGAAGUUCCUUCGCGCACCGCUUAUUAUUAAGCAUUCCAACACGAAAGUCCGAUUCACCGGCUUUUCAAGAGAAUACCUCGAAACUAUCUUAGAGAAUUCCGAAGAAUGGGAGAAAAUUGCAAAGAAACAUUCGAGAAACACUUCUGGAUUUUAUUCAGCGAUAAUUCCCUAUCUCGAAGACAUCAUCACAAACCAACCAGAACUUGUCUUUGACAAUUGCUUGAAAGGAAUGAAAUUGACAAAGAAAAAAAAUCAGGUUCGUCGAGACCUUGAGCACUGGUUUCGAAUCGAAAACGAGUUUUUUUCGAAGGAAGAUUGCGUUACUUUUGCGGCGAAAGAUCUUGGAACCCGAUCGACUGGUCUGUCGCAAAUAUUGAAAACGACUGAAAUCAACGAAGACAACAACGACAAAAUGAACGAGGUGUUCAUUGAAGAUUCUGGUGAGCUUGAGGAAAAAUGGAUGCCUGAAUCAGAAGAAAUAAUCCAAGAAGAUGAAGUUGUCGACAAAAUCCAGGAAGCAAAUGAUGAGCCGGAACUGGUUAAAGAUAAAUCGCCGAUCACCGAUAUUUUUCUUCGCAGCGGGAAACUUCCUAGUAACGGAAAAGGUGGUGAUAACAGAACUUGGAGUCCCAAAUUUAUCAACUUGUCGCUGGAAAUGCUUAUUAAAGGAGAAACAGCAAGUAGCAUCCACAAUUUCUUUAAAACGACAGCAAAGUAUUAUCCCGAGCUUCUGGGCGAAGAAAAAAGAGUUCCAUCGCCUGACUGGUUUGAGCGACUUCGUGAUUCAUUGAAGUAUUUGAACGAAGAGCACACCAAAGAUGUCAUUCUUAAAGGCAAACGAUUCCACCUCGCAAGUGACGGCGCAGCCAUGUUAGAUGCAUCCAAAACGAUUUCAGUCGGGCUGAUAGACGAGUCUGGCAAGCUUCAUCUCAUCGGAACCGAGCGUUCGAUCGGAGGUACAAGUCAAAUAAUUGCCGACCAAAUGAUUGCGAUCAUAAACAAGACCAGUUUGGGACGAGUCAUCGGCGAGAAGAUUGAUCUCCUUAUGUCUGACCAGCAGUCAGCUCAAAUCAACGCAAACGCAAUCGUUGCAGAAAAACUGACGCGGGAAAUCAACAAGGAAGCACCUCCAUCACUCUUUUGUGCGAUGCACUGCGUUUCGAACUGCGACAAGAACAGCUGUUCUGCGUUAAAAGAGGUCAAUGAAGAAGCAUUUACCUUACUGGAACUUGUGAAGAGUGUCUUCGGAAAACCAGAAAAAUUUGGGUACGCUUACAACGAGAAUCCUCACAUUGAAAAGUAUAAUAUUGACCAGACGGAGAACCAGUAG